AGCAAAGGACCCCCAAGGCAGGAUGGGAGCCGGAAAGCUCAGUGGGAGGCCCAGCGGCCCCUUCCCCAGAGAAGAUAGGUGGGUGCUGGGGUCCGUGUGAGAAGUGACUGGUAGCAUGCCAGCGGAAGCACGAGGAGGCAGAGGACAGGCGCUGGCUGGGCAUUUGAACUGGGCUGGACUGGAAUUGAGCAGGUGCUCACGGGGCCCCCAAGGCAAGGGAGAGCGGACGGUCAGACCCUGCUGCGCCCUUUCCAGGCCUGAAUUGCCGGAGGGGAGAUGAGCAGGGUACAGCCUCAGGAGCGAGCGCUGCUCCGCCGUCUGCAGGUAGAACAACUGACUUAAGCCAGGCGAUGGCUCCUCGGCUGGGGUAUAGGCCGCGUCCCGCCGGCCGCGUGUGCAAACCGAGGCCUGGACCGGUUAAGGCCUGAGGUCACACAAAUGAACUAGAGCAAGGAGCAGGAUUUUCCUACUGCCCCGAGGAGAGAAGAACUGCAUGGGGUCAGGAGAGAGGCACGGAACCCCUAAGAGAGAGAGCAUUCUAGGGGCUUCCAGAAGCCUCAAGGAAGAAGGUGAACACACUGGGAAGAGGCACAACAGUCUUCCACUCCCGCCAGCCGGUCAGCGGGACCACUGCCUUUCUCCGGCCUAUGUCCGCCGCUCUGGGGCAAGGUCUAGGACAAGGUUGCGGCAUCUGCGUCAGAAAUCCCCGGGACUUGGCCUGCUGAAGAAGCUGGCUCAGCUGGGAGGCCAAGGCACGUUUUAGCAAAGCAGUUUAUCUUCAUUCUGAACGGACAGUGGAGGCCGCCCCGAGGUCCCCCAGGGCUCCACAUGAAGCCCGAGUCCAGGCAGGCCCUCUCCCACGUGGCUGUGGCCAGCUGCUUCUGCACAGCCACCGUCUACACAGGCGUGUUCGAUGGCGUCUUUGUCCAGCUGGGCUAUGAACACUAUGCGGAAGCCCCUGUGGCCGGCCUCCCCGCCUUCCUGGCCAUGCCCUUCAACUCACUCAUUAACGUGGCCUACGUCCUAUUGGGGCUGUAUUGGCUGCAGAGGAAGUCCAGGGCCCCGGGGCACCCCGUGGAGGCGCGGAGGGCUUGCUACCUGAAGGAUGUCUUCGCCAGCAUGGCCCUGGUCUACGGCCCGGUUCAGUGGCUGCGGAUCGCGACGCAGGUGCCCCCCGCCGCCGUGCUGGACCAGUGGUUCACCUUACCCAUCUUCGCAUGGCCAGUCGCCUGGUGUCUCUCCCUAGACAGGGGUUGGGAUCCCUGGUUGUUCCUUGCCAUCGAGGGUCUCUCCCUGGGCAGUUACGGCCUCACCUUGCUACACUCCCAUGGGUUCGAGGUCGCGCUGGGCGUCCACAUCGCAGCUGCCGCGGCCCAGGCCCUUCGCACUCACAGGCGCCACGGCACUGCCUCCUCGGGGACCUACUUGGCUCUGGGCGUGCUCUCCUGCGCCGGCUUUGUGGUCCUCAAGCUGUGCGACCAUCAGCUCGCGCAGUGGCGCCUCUUCCAGCGGCUCACGGGCCACUUCUGGUCCAAGGUCUGUGACGUGCUCCAGUUCCAUUUCGCUUUCUUGUUUCUGACAAACUUGAACACUUGCCAAAGCCGUCCUGAGAGGAAGAUACAUUAAAGUUUGCCCGGAAAAAAAAUUUUUAAAAAGAAGAGGAAAAAAUGGAAUGGGCGGCCGGCUCAGUCAGAAGAGCACUUCACUCUGGAUCCCAGGGUCUUGCCUUCAAGCCCCAUGUGGGGGACAGAGAUGACUUAAAUAAAUUGAAGAAAACUUAAGGAAAACAAGGGGUUAUGGAGAGGAGAAGGGAGUUGGGGGAAAUUGGAAGGGGAGGUGAACCAUGAGAGACUAUGGACUCUGAAAAGCAAUCUGAGGGUUUUGAA